CGUCCAACGUCAAACCAACUUUAUUCCAGUACUAAACGGAAAGUGUAAAGCAGUUAGCUCCCAUCGAGAAGAAACCCUUAUUUUCACAUUAAUUUCUGAAAUUAACUGCAGGAUAUUCACUGACUCUGGAAUAUAAAUACAGACAAUUCUCAAUCCCUGAAAAGUGGCAAGUAAAAUAAAGAUUCAAAACACAGGAGGAAGGAAAUGGCUGAAUCUUCAUCACCAACAAAAGGCAGAAGAAAGAGGAGCAUGGAUAAGCUAGAAUCAUUUUCUUGUGACUCCAGCAGUCUCCUGUCUGAAGAUCAGCUGCAGUGUUCGAUAUGUCUGGAUGUGUUCACUGAUCCAGUCACCACUCCAUGUGGACACAACUUCUGCAAGAGCUGCCUUACACAGUGGUGGGAGAAGAGUCAACACUGUCACUGUCCAUUAUGUAAAGAGAAAUUCACCAAGAGACCUGAACUGAAGAUAAAUACAACACUGAGAGAGAUUGCAGAUAACUUCAAGAAGAAAAGUGGUCCUGACAAACCUGAGGUUCUUUGUGAUGUCUGCACUGGAGAGAAGCUGAAGGCCCUGAAAUCCUGUCUGGAUUGUGUUCUGAGUUUGUGUGAAACUCAUCUAGAACCUCAUAAUCAUGUUCCAAGACUUAAGAAACGCAAACUAAUAAACCCUGUGGAGAACGUGGAGGACUACAUAUGCCAGAAUGUUCCAUAUGUAGUUCCUAUAGAGGAGGAGAGCAGAGAGAGGAAGACACAGCUGGAGAAAACACUCAGAGAUGUGCAGCAGAUGAUUCAGGACCGACUGAAGAAGAUCCAAGAGAUGAAACACUCAGUACAGCUCAGCAAAUUGUGUAGGAUAUAUUUUGCAAAACUCCCUAAAACACUCAAUGACAAGUUUAAGGAAACAGUUUCCACAGAACUGAAGAGGAUUCAGCAGUAUGCAGAAAGACUGAUCUUCUUCUUACAUUUCACUAAGAAAGUCAUGCAGGAAACAUUGGAUGUGACUCUGGAUCCUGAUACAGCUCAUCCAUAUCUCAUCCUGUCUGCUGAUGGAAAACAAGUAACACUUGGAGACACAGAACAGGAUCUCCCUGAUACACCACAGAGGUUCGAUGAAUGUGUCUGUGUUCUGGGAAAGCAGAGUUUCUCCUCAGGGAGAUUGUAUUAUGAGGUGCAGGUCAGAGGGAAAACUGACUGGACAUUAGGAGUCGCGAGAGAGAACAUUAACAGGAAGGGGAAGAUUACACUGAGACCUCAGAAUGGAUUCUGGACUGUGAUACUGAGGAAUGAGAAUCGGUAUACAGCUUGUGCUGGUCCCCCUGUCCCCCUCACACUGAGAGAGAAGGUGGAGACAGUGGGAGUGUUUGUGGAUUAUGAGGAGGGUCUGGUCUCCUUUUAUGAUGUGAAGUCCAGCUCUCAUAUCUACUCUUUCACUGCUCAGUCUUUCACUGAGAAACUCUAUCCUUACUUCAGUCCUUGUUUAAAUGAAGGGGGUAAAAAUUCAGCACCACUGAUCAUCUCUCCUGUAUUUAACACUGAAUGAAUUUUCACCUCACAGAUUUAAUCAUUUAUUAAAUGGUGAGAAUAAAAAUAAAUAUUUGACUUUUUCUGGCAAAUUUCAGAAAUACAUGUUCCCUUUCGCAGUUUUGUUUUUUACACAUUAUGAUUGUGGAACUUUGUCAUUACAAAUCAAAUAUGAAUAAAGAUCAUUUACAGUGCGAAAUCA